AUAUAAAUAAAGUUUACUUAAAAUCUAAUGAAUUAGAAAAUUACAGACUUGUUUUAUCAAAUUUAUAUUUUAUUAUUUAUUUAUUGUCGUGUUGUGGCAUUAUGUUAGUUGUGAUGGAAGUAAAUAAACAAACUGGUCUGAGCCGUUUGGUUUCAUGGAUUCUAAUGGUUCAGGACACAGAGCUGCAGUUCGGAACCGGGCUGAUAAGUUCUAAGCACACAGACCAGUACGCAGCUUCAGCAGGAACCCGGAUGUGAGGAAACAGCGUGCCGUCGUUACGCACCAGAUGGCGUCACCCGGCACGCGUCGCCUACGUAUUUAAAUGUGAUGGAGCUGACGUUCGGCGAGCGGACAGGAGGAGAGAUGCUUCAGACGGACUGGGACUAAAAUCAGGGAGGACAGCGGUGGUCSUCGGUCGUCUCUGCGGUCGUCCGUCUCAUCUCCUGCGGGCGGGCCGCUCGCUGUCAUCAUCGGUACCAGAUGUUCCCCUCCGCCGGACCGGAGCCUCUCAGUGUCGUCACGCCGGCCAAACCGACCGGAGCCUGAACGCCAAGGAUGCAGGUGAAGCACCAGAUGUGCUCGGAGAGGAGCAGCGGCACGGACGACCCGGAGCAGGAUGACAACGAGAAGAAGACCUCGUGCUUCUCCAACAUUAAGAUCUUCCUGGUGGCGGAGUGCGCGCUCAUGUUGGCACAGGGCACCGUGGGCGCGUAUCUGGUCAGUGUCCUCACCACUCUGGAGAGACGUUUCAACCUGCAGAGUGCCGACGUGGGCGUCAUCGCCAGCAGCUUUGAAAUCGGCAACCUGGCCCUCAUUCUGUUCGUCAGCUACUUUGGCGCCAAGGCCCACCGGCCCCGCCUGAUCGGCUGCGGUGGGAUCGUCAUGGCGUUGGGGGCCCUGCUCUCGGCACUGCCCGAGUUUCUGACUCACCAGUACGAGUACGAGGCGGGGGACUCGUGGCAUGCCGAGGACGGCAGGGACAUCUGCUCCAACAAAUCAAGGUCGGAAAAUCGAGACUCCGGGUUCAACUGCAGCAACCGAGCCAACACCAACAUGAUGUACCUGUUGCUGAUCGGAGCCCAGGUCCUGCUCGGCAUCGGGGCCACGCCUGUCCAGCCUCUGGGGGUGUCCUACAUCGAUGACCAUGUCCACAAGAAAGACUCUUCACUGUAUAUAG